CUUAUUCAAAUCCUAUGGUUAGCGUUCAUAAAAACUUUCGUUGUAUAUUAGUUCUUGACGAAACAAAAGUGGAUUAUUCAGAUCCACCAUUGUUAAACCGAUUCGAAAAACAAAAAAUGACCAUCAAUGAUAUGAUAGAUGAUA